UAAUCGCGGGUCGUGGGCCAGUGCGCCCGCGCACGUCGCUGCGAACGCGCGUCCAACACGUACCGUGGCCGCGUAGCGUGCAGUACGGAAUAAGGACGUGAUCGUGUGAUGUGACAUUGUGACUUGUGUGAUAAGUUAAUGUAAUGUACCUCAAAAUGUAUAUCAAAACGGAGAGAUUUUACCAACAACCAGAAGCUUUGAAGGAGGACAGGUGCUUUUCGGACUACGAGGAGGAGUUGGAUGAUCGUGAAGGCGGCGGCGGCGGUGGUGGCGCGGCGCAGCGCUGCUCGCGCGAUGCGGCGGCGUCGCCUGCGCACGCGCCGACGCCGACGCCGACGCCCGCGCCGCCUGCGCACCCCCACAACGUGAAGAGCGAGCGGCUCAGCCCGCACGACUCCAACGCUUCUAGGUCUCGCAGCGUGACCCCCUCGACGUCGUCAUACCCGGGCACGCCGCCCGAGCGCGGCAGCCCGCACGCGCCGCCACAGCCUGCGCCCGCGCACCCGCCGCGCAACUACUCCGACAUAAUGCGCUCGCUCGCCGCCAGAUACAACACGCACGCUAAUAACGACUACUUCCACCGUAUGAAUGGGUUCGGCGUGGAGGCGCGCGCGACGACGCCUGCGCACGCGGACGUCACAGACGCGCCGCUCGGUGGGCUGUUCACGAAACUGGCGAAGCAGCAGGGCGGCCCGCCGCGGCUGCCCGCCUUCCCCGUCAUGCUCGACAUGAGCUCCACUAAGGCGUUACUAGCGAUAUCGCGAGUCGGUCGAGGUGGGCGGUCGCGGCGCAAACGCGUUGGCGCUGGCAACCCUACAGAGCAUUCGCCCCUCGACUUGUCCGCGGCUGGAGAGAGUGCUGCCAAACGUGCCAGACUGUCUGCCAGCCCUAGCACCAGGAGCGAUAGUGACGAGAGAGAUAGAGUCUCUAAUGAUGAGCGGGGCGAGGUGCGUGGAGAGUGCUUAUGCGCGGAGGCGCGUGCGCGUCUCUCCGCGUGGACCGUGGACGACGUCUGCGACUUCGUCAACUCCAUUGACAUAUGCGCAGAGUAUGCACCGAAUUUCCGUGAACAAAGAAUCGACGGUGCAGGCCUGCCACUCCUAACCGAGGACCAUUUAACAGGGAUGCUGCAGAUGAAACUUGGACCAGCAUUAAAACUGAGAGCAGUUAUUGCCAGAAGACUCGAGCCCUGCGCACAAUGCCAGGCAGCUAUUCCAACAGCACCGCAGUCUUCUCCAAACAACAUCACUAAAAUCAACGGCGCCGCACUCAAAUCAGAGCCGCGGAGUAACACCACCAGUCCCAGUUAGAACGUUCUAUUUUUAAACAGUUUUUAUUUUUUAGAAUAUUCUCGUCUCGUUCCUGUUAUGCCAGUAUUUUACUGACAAAUCUUUUAUGUUAUGUGAAAUUAUGUCUAUAGUGCACCAAAGUUGGCAGAUGGCAAGCAUAGAGCGAUUUUAAAAUAUAGCAUUCUGUCAAAUUUAAAAAUCGAACAGAAUAUAUUUUACAAAAUGCCGCUCUACAUUGCCAACUUGUUAAUUUGUACCAAACUGUGCUUCUGUGUGGAUAAGAGGUCUUAUACCUGGCUCAUUAUCCUCUUUGGUACGAAUGUGAAGGUAGGCAGAUUAUAUGAAAGUCGUUAAUCAUAUUUUCCAUACACUUCACAACGCCAAGGUAAUCAAACAGGUAAUCAAUAAGGAACAUUAUAUUCAUCAGCAUUAUGAAGAUUGCGCUCAAAUCUUAUGGUGAAGAUGGUGCCAAAUUGUUUGUAGUUGUCCUUACAUAUAUUAUUUUGGAAAUACGAUAAAAGAGCUUUUUGACAUUAUCAAUAUCCGAUACUCCAAAUUUAUACUGGUUUUCAAAAAUCUUCGGCUGGUCUCACACGGUCCUAGAAACUCUAUUUGAACUAUAGAGUCAAAAUGACUUUAAAAAACUGUAACAUUAAUUUUGACUAUUGAAAUUUCUCGGAACGUGUGUGUCUUGCUUAAAAAGAAUAAUUUAGUACCAUAAAUAACAAGGCACAUGCUAAUUUUAUAAUAAAUCUUCCGGUUGGCCAGUUUCAAGACUUACUUCCAAACAAUAUUUAACGCGAGCAACAUUGGCUCAUAUCGAAUAUGGAAUCGCAUAAUUUUCUAAGGCCUCUUACAGACCGUCAGUCUGUCAAAUAGUCUUCCUAUUCAUAGAUUUUGCAUUUAGUAUACAAUUUAAGGAUGUUUUAGUGUUAACCUAGCUUAAAGAGUAUCAUUGUAUAUAAUAAGAUACAGUAACUAUAAAUAUUGCCGUCCAAAUGUGUUAAAUGUAAUUUUUAACUUUUUAUUUUAUGGUUUGCGCUAAUGACUUAAUCAAGGAAUAUUAUUGAGUAAAAUAUAAAUAACUCUUUAUUUUAAUACCUACCACGCAUUACAGCUUAAUUUGAAAGCUCUACAAGUUUUAAUUUUCAACCCGAUGUUUAGAAACAUUAAAUAAAUUGGCAUGUAAGUUACUCUAUUUUCUCCGCGAAAACGAAAAAAAAAGGUACCCUGUGACACCAGUUGGAACUUUAGUUAAAGUUCCCGAUCGAGUAAGGGUUCCAAUGACGCUUUCAAUAAUAUUUUUUUUAUAUACCUAAAAGUCAACUCUAAAGUUGAUGGUUAACAAUAAUUCUUACACCACAACUAUAUAUCUAACAAGGACUUUACAUUGUAAUCACCAAACAUAGCUUUAACAAUCCACUUCAGCAGUGAUUGCAAACCCUUCCUAAAAUCAGGAUAGCAGAUUACCCCAAAUUUAACCAUAUACCCCAUGGUAUAUGGUUGAACUUGGGGUAAUCUGGAAAUUAAAUCCACAGGAAUUAAGUCAUUAGCAGCAGUUAUCACAACGAAAUUAGUGUUUUGGUGCUAAAAGGGCCCUGAUAUAAUGUUUAUGUGUAAAUAGCCCAAGUGCUACGAGGCUACAGGGUCAUGUACAUAAUUAAUUGUAUAAAUGUAUUAUUUGUGCGUUACGUAGCCUUAUCACACCUGAAUAAAGCUCAGUAUGAUAACACAAUUGCGUCAACACGCGGUUUUACAUAUAUUUAGAUUUUGUAUAUGAUAUUUCAAUGUGCAUAAUAUUUUUUGUCGUAUAUUGUAACGAGUAUAGAAUAUUUGUAAAUAAAUCAUGGUAUUUAAAAUAGAUAAGACUGUUCGAUGUUUGUACCUUUGCUCUUUGCAGAUGCUUAGAUGAAUUUUAUAGAUUUGUUUUCAUGACUGUGUUCACCGACUUGGUUUUCCAAAUUGCAUGGAAUAAAUAGAACCACUAAUCGUCCAGUGAUCCAAAUUCGACUGUCUAAUAUUUGUGAAAUUAUAUUUGUGCCUCAUUUAUACAUAAAUUAUAUUUUUUACACUAUGAAUUAUGUCAAAUCUGACAUAAUUCAUAAUCUGACACAAAAGCGGUAUAAAGUUUUGUCUUCCCGUAUUAAUAUAUAUCGUCUCUUGAGAGAAAUACUAAACGCAUUAUAUUACAUACGCACUUAAAUAUUAAUAAAUCAGAUUUAUUCUAUUUUAAAUACCAUGUCUAUAAUAGAUUUAAAAAUCUAGUAACGUCUACAGAUAAUAUAAAAUGGUUUUUAUAACCUGUGGUAAUCUCCUUAAUUGCCAAAAUAGUGUAUGAAACAUCAGUAUACAUACGAAUAGUAAGUAAUGUGGUCCACUAAACUAAAUAAUUUAAUAUUGAAGUUUACCCCAGAAUGGGGUAAUGGAUAAAUUUUAACUAAUUACCCGUACUUAAACAUAAUUGUACUUUAUUAAGGUAAUCACAACCAGUAAUCAAACCUGUGACUAUUAAAUUUUUUACAAAAAUAAGGUGCUAUUUUUAGAUAAAAUAAAGCUUCGUGCCUUGAACCGGUCUUCCUAAAAAUUAGUAAAUAAUAUUCUUUUCGGUAAAGUAUUACGGUUGAACGCUUUAAAUCAGAUUUUAAAUACUUUAAUAAACUUUAUAUAGGAAAUAUAUUUACCUUCAAUGCCUGAUGCAGCUGUAAGUUUACCAACAUAUUGGUAAUAACGGUGAAUACUUCAAAAUAAGGGAUACGAAUGGACCAGUGACGUGUAUUAUCGACUGUAAAUUUGUACCUAUAGAAUAUUUCGAGUGUGUGAAAAUAACAAUAUGUUUCGAAUGAAUAAAUUUUAAUAUCAUAAUUUUUUUUAAUCGUUUUUCCCAACACUAUGCAUAAGAAAGGUGCUAAUAAAAAAUAUUUUUUAAUCAAAAUAAUUAUUCUCACGAAAGACUUAACAUAUUGUUAUUUUAAAUGAUUAUAAAUAAAAGGUUUAGUCACAUCAGUUUCCUUGCGAACUUGUACUUAGAUAAUUUUAGCUUGUUUAGUUGUUUAAGUUUGAUCCGAUUUCAAGUAUUUAUGUGGAGAGAAUAAAAACAAUGAUUUAUUGAAACUA